CCAUUUCGGUUUCAGUAUCUUGGAUACUUGAAGCUUGCCAGCAGUCAGUUAGUUGAGGCUUUUGUCUUCGGUUGGGACGUUAGCGUAAGGCGCGAUUGAAAUAUAACUUGUGCUGCAGCAGUUUGAAUGGGGCGUUGUCGACCGUCAGUGCCACUCACUGCGAUACCUGCUUGCUGAACACAAACAGCAUUUGCCAACUCGGUAUCCGGAUAUCAGUUUUCAACCAAAACAAAGUCUCGAUCAUUUGGUACACAUAUAUCUUUCUCGGUUUACACUAAUUGAAGGUAUAGCGGAUAAGAUAACAGUUUCGAAAUCGCGUCGUCGCGUAAUCUAGAAAAGUAUUCACAGAGUAUAGUUAGUCAUAACGAUUAAUGGCAGGUGUAUCGCCACCAUUGCGGGAGUGGUUAGUGUUUUUCUGGCCUUUUGAAAUAAUAACAAGCGCAGUUCAGUGAAAGCAUGAAAAAUUAUAGAAUCAAGUAGCGAUAUAUUCUCCCAUUCUUCAUAGCUUUAAGCAGAAAUCUACAUAUAUCGAGUGUGUUCACCUUCGUUGUUCGAUAAAUUCGUGACGUCAGCAGUGUUAUUGUGCAGUGUAUGUGAAAAGUUAAUGCUUAGCCGUUAUCAUGUAAAGUGCGUAUGGAGACAUAGUGUAGCAAAUUCAUAUGUACAUUCAGUCAGCCGAAUUAAACUUCAUACAUAUAUUCUGAAAAUGUUUAGUGCAGUGAUGUAAAUGAUUCAUGGAUCAAUGAUAACAUCAAAAUAAUCGGUCUAUUAUUAAGAUGUAAGUGAUUGUAACUAUUUGUAUACAAUGGAUGAAAAAGAAUACUUUCGGAAGUGCGUAAAGUGUAAAGAUAGUCCUGCAAAAAAGAAAAAAAAAAUAAAAAUAUGUUACGUUACUGUGGUGAUAUUCGGUUUUAUUUUGGGAACGAAUUCAGCCGAAGCGCAAACGCGGGAUCCAAAGUUCUACUCACGAGAAGGUGACCGUAGUUGGCCAUGGCCAAAUCCAGGGGAUCCGGAUUAUAGUACGUAUACUUUUAAUGAUCGACGCUAUGGUCAAUACCAGCCAAGUGGAUAUGGACAAAAGUAUCCCGGACAAAAUUACCCCAAUCAAUACCCGAAAGAUGUGCUUCAAGGAGAAGAUCGGUUUCGCUUUGACCCCAAUCAUCCGAAUAGCCCACAAACGCCGUUUCCGGGUAUUCUUGGUGGCUGGCGAGAAGAUCUGCAGGGAAAGUUGCGGCGCGAUUCAUUAACCCUAGAACGCGAUGUUUUUGUAAAAACGAACUACGGACAAGUACAAGGAUUUAAGGUUCAUCUUUAUGACGAUCCAAAUCCAGCAUCAUUUUUCAGACCAUGGCAUAGCACAGUGGACUAUGUCAAAGGGCAUUGCUCGGUUUUUUUGGGUAUUCCCUAUGCAUUGCCACCUACAUACGAAGGACGAUUUAAGCCGCCUAGGUUGCAUCGAGGCUGGCAAUUAUUACAAGCCGUUGAUUUUGGUCCAGCUUGCCCACAACAUGUACGCCAUGUGGGAGCUACAAAAGGUAUAAGAGAUAUGGACGAGGAUUGUCUUUACUUGAAUGUUUAUUCACCACAGACUGGAGCAGGUGUGGCACAAAAGUAUCCUGUAAUGGUCCACAUUCAUGGCGGUGAAUUCAUACGUGGCGCUUCAAACUUAUUUCCCGGCCAUAUGAUGGCUGCGUUUUACAACGUAGUUGUAGUAACAUUCAAUUAUCGUUUAGGUGCACUUGGGUUCUUGUCCACAGCAGAUGAGAAUUCUCCAGGAAACUAUGGAAUAUUAGAUCAAUCAAUGGCAUUGCGCUGGGUCUACGAUAAUAUCGAAUUUUUUAAUGGCGACCGCAAUUCAAUAACACUUUUCGGACCAGGCGCAGGAGCUGCGUCUGCAGGUCUACUUAUGGUAGCCCCACAAACAAGAAGCAUUGUUACUAGGAUAAUUGCCCAAUCUGGAUCGCCCCUAGCGGACUCGGCAUUUAUUGUAGAUAAGUACCGGGCACAAAAUACAAGUCGAGUGUUAGGACAAUUGCUAGGAUGUUCGAUAGAGUCUUCAUGGAAAUUGGUUAACUGCUUACGACAUGGAAGAAGUUUUUAUGAGCUUGGGAAUGCAGAGUUUGCACCACAAGUGGGCAUGUUUCCAUGGGCUCCAGUAUUGGAUCUAAACUUCACUUUUCCUAAAGACCAUUGGUAUGAAGGCUGGCAUGAACGAGAUUGGAAAUUUCUCUCUGAAACCCCAGAGCAAUUAAUUAGAAAUAAGAAAUUUAAUAGGGGAUUACAUUAUAUGACGGGGGUUACAACGCAGGAAGCAGCUUUUAUGAUAGCACAAAAUCAGUCUUUGGCACCGUAUUUCAACAUAGAUGAGCAGUUUGUAGAACAGAAAAUACAUGAACUAGUAUUCAGGUAUAAUUAUACCCUGAACCCGAAAGGUGUAUAUGAGGCUAUAAAAUAUAUGUAUACAUUUUGGCCUGAUCCACACAAUACCACACGAAUUCGCGAAAAGUAUAUUGAUAUGCUCUCUGACUUUUUGUAUCGAGCUCCAGUAGAUAGAAUGGUGAAAUUACUAUUGGAACAACGAGUUCCCGUUUACAUGUACGUGAUGAAUACCACUGUCGAAGGAUUAAAACUCCCUGAAUGGAGAAAAGUACCUCAUAAUGCUGAGCAUUAUUUUCUGACAGGCGCACCAUUCAUGGAUGUAGAGUUCUUUCCAUCAAGGGAUAGGCUUGAGCGAAAUAUGUGGACUGAUAACGAUCGGAAUAUGAGUCAUUUCUUUAUGAAAGCUUUCACAGAUUUUGCGAGAUAUGGGAAUCCAACACCUCAGCAGAUAUUAGGUCUUCAUUUCGAUUUGGCGUAUCAAGGAGAACUUAGAUAUCUUAAUAUAAAUACUACAUAUAAUUCAUCUAUUCUGAUGAAUUAUAGACAGACAGAAAUGGCAUUUUGGACCCAGUAUCUGCCAACAGUGAUUGGAGUAUUAGUACCAACUUAUCCACCCACAACGGAAUUUUGGUGGGAACCGCGCGAACCUUUACAAAUCGCUUUUUGGAGUAUGUCAACAGCCUGCUUAUUUUUGAUAGUCUUGGUAGUGAUAUGCUGUAUACUAUGGAGAAAUGCUAAGAGGCAAUCGGACCGUUUCUAUGACGAAGACGUAUUUAUGCACGAUGGAGUCGAAUCUGAACGAGAGGGCACUGUUGGAGGAAUUGAAAAUGCCCACAUGAUACAAAAUCAUCAUGCACAGCAAAAGGGGAAUUCAAACGUUUAUGAAUAUCAUGACUCGCCCUCAAAGAGUAAAUCGCCAACCGACACAUCAUCAUCCAUACGAUCACCUAGCACGUUAACCAUGACACAAACCAUCAAAUCAGGUAGCCAAUCAUCAUUGAGAAGUGGAAUUUCACUAAAGGAAUCCAACAUCCAUCCAUUAGCAAAAGAAACGAACUUUGACCGUAACAUCAAAAUGGAUCCCGAUCCGAAGAGCGGAAACCUAGGAAGCAAACAAGAGGAAAAAACACUUUUGGGACGUGACUAUCCAAAUACUCCGAGCGACUCCUUGUCAAAAUCAAAUGUUUUCCCCGUACCGACAGCGAGAAAAAAUUUGAAAACGAGCCGAACUCAGUUGGUGGAAGGGGUUCCGCAAACAUCCGUGUAAUUUUGGAAACUAUUUCACUACAUUCCCUUGUAUAUAAUAAACAUUUGAACAUAUGUCCAUCGAAUAAAAUCUUCACUAAAUGUGGAUUGCCAAAUUCACAGUGAGGUCCUAGUUUGUACUGCAUUCGGUUGGUAUCCGUCUACGCUGGGUAAGUUUUCAUUAUCGUUGUUUAGACGACUUCGCUAUAUGAUAUAAUAAACAAUUCUAAGUACAAAAACUCGUCUUUAGUAUCACAACAUGGCAACGCUCCUAAAUUUCUUCAUUAAAUUAAUGGUAACUGAAUAAACUUGAUGCGUGAAUGCUAAAAGAUAAAUCCAAUUUAAUUAGGAUAGCAACUACUAAUUCCUUUUGUUAAAUAUCUUUCGCAUUUGCAAAGCAGCAGAUGUGGGUAAGAAUGUUCUUAAUAUAGUUACUUGAUACAUGUACACUACAUUUCCUCCCAUAAACGUCUUGAUUAUUGCACAAUCUGUGCUUACUUUGUGUGUUUUGUAUAAAUAUUUUUGCAUGUUUCAUUUCAUUGACCACAUAUAUGGUACAUAAAUAAAUGCUUGUAUGGAUGCAAUAAAUGAUAGUUCACCCUUCUAUGUUAAUUUUAAAUGACACGACAAUUGAACAGUUGAAAGAAUGUCUCAGUACAUUUACGAAUAUAUUUUGAUUAGUGAUAAGGCUUCUAUUAUAUGUAAACUCAGUGCAUAUGUCCUGAAAUAUCAGUAAUCCGUCCAAUUAUAGUUUUAAUCCUGUAAUGUAUAUCGUUCUUGUUUCCAAAUUAUCUCUUGUAUAUGAACGAGCUUGUAUUUGGAGAAUUUCGUUUGUCUGUAGUUAAGGUUGUAAUCUAAGCUACUUUUGUACUCGUCCAUUAACGUUAAUAUAAGUUUAUACAUUCCAAAAUAA